GAAUGCACCAUCUGAGCAGCCAUAGACUUGAAACUAUUCUGUGCAUUUGGUUUUCAAGACAGCAAGACGUCUUUUGGAUUUUUAUCUAGAUUUUUGAUCACUUGUUAUUCGAAUAUGGAACAGCACGAGAGUGAUGUGGAGUUCGCAAAGAAUGAAAAUUAUGUCAAUGUGGAAGACUUGAAAGAGAUAUCACACACACCAAGGAAGAAAACCUUUAGACAUCUUUUUGGAGACCCUAUUCCUCUUGGUCUUGCUGCUUUUGCAGGCCCUACUCUCGUCUUGAACCUUAUUUUAACCGGAGCACUACCUUCAGAAAUCAGUAAUAUGAUUAUUGGACCUGCUUUCUUUUACGGAGGACUUGGUCAAGCUAUAGCUAGUAUAUGGUGUCUUAUUACAGGCAAUUCCUAUGGUGCUAUUAAUUUCGCUACAUAUAGUUCGCUUUGGUUGUCUUUGGCUUCCUUGGACGAACUCCAAGCAGAAGAUAUUUUGAAGUUUGGUAGUGACGAAGGAAAGGUUAAUGGCAUAUUUCUUGUGCAAUAUGCAGUAAUGACCUUUAUUCUGAUGGUUGGCGCAAUGAGUAUCAAUUUGGUAUUUGUUGUUACCAAGUUAGCUCUCUUCUUAAGUAUUUGCUUAUUAUCUGCGGAAAACUUUCGUGGAGACUCAACUGUUCCUGCUGGAGUAUUUGGAUGCAUUGCUGGUAUUCUUGCUUGGUACUCUUGUUCUGCAUUCGUCAUCAACAAUUCAUUUCAGUGUUCGGUGCUUCCAAUAUUUCCACUAGGAAGGGAGUGGAUGCAGAAGCUAACCCAGUAUUUACCAUGGUCAUCACAACAAUGGCCUCCUCCUUUAUAGGAACAAUCAUUAAGAUGGAAUUAUUUGUUUGAAUUGUUUUGAUAGAUUGUCUUUGUUCUGGAGAGAAUUAAAUGACUCAUUGCAUUU